GAGGAUGACGUGGAGACUCAGUUUGGAUGGGUCCACUGCACCAUGAAGGGGGUUCCCAAGGGUAGCCGCCCCGUCAUCAUGACCUUCCACGAUAUUGGACUGAACUACAAGUCGUGCUUCAACCUCCUGUUCAGCCACGAGGACAUGCAGGAGAUCAUGAGGCACUUUGCCGUGUGCCACGUUGAUGCCCCUGGGCAGCAUGAGGGUGCCUCCACUCUCUCCACAGAGUACACCUACCCCUCUAUGGACCAGCUCUCUGAGACUCUCCCUCAGGUCCUCAAGCACUUUCGGUUUAAGAGUGUCAUUGGACUGGGCAGCGGUGCUGGUGCCUACAUCCUCGCUACAUUUGCUCUGAACCAUCCAGAUAAGGUUGAGGGACUUGUCCUCAUCAACAUCAAUGCUCGCGCAGAGAGCGUGAUUGAUUCACUUACACACAAGAUGACUGGCUGGAUCCAAGCACUUCCUGAUCAUGUUCUAAACCACCUGUUUGGAAAGGAGGAGAUCCAAAACAACCCUGAUCUGAUCGCCACAUACCGCAACCACAUCACCAAUGAUGUCAACCAGUCCAACCUGGCCCAGUUCUUCAAGUCCUACCAGAGCCGCAGGGGCCUGGAGAUCGAGAGGCCUGUCCCAGGGAGAAACAAUAACGCCAGAACUCUGCAGUGUCCUGCUCUGUUGGUGGUGGGAGACAGCUCCCCUGCAGUCGAGGCUGUGGUCGAGAGCAACGCAAAGCUCAACCCAACACAGACCACACUGCUCAAGAUGGCUGACUGUGGAGGACUUCCCCAGGUGAGUCAGCCUGGCAAACUGACAGAGGCCUUCAAGUACUUCAUCCAGGGCAUGGGUUACAUGUCCUCAGCCAGCAUGACCAGACUGGUGAGGUCCCGCACCGCCUCAGGCUCCAGCAUCGCCUCCUGCGACAGCAGCAGGAGCCGCUCUCACGCCAACGACCACCAGCCCGUCCGGGAGCACACCGACGUGUCCAUGGAGAAUGUCUCCAACAGCACCGUAGAUCAGACCAUUGUCGUGUCCAGCAGCAAGACUGAGGACGUCUGCUAGUGCCCUGGUCACUGAAAGGUCAUAGGUUGUCUCCUAAAUGGCUCCCCAUUUCCUUUAUAGUGCACUACUUUUGACUAUGUGGGAAAUAGGGAAACAUUUGGGACACAACCCGUGUCCCUAAACCCUGACCUCAUAAUCCCUGUCCUGUCUACCCUACUGCCUGUGUUGCUGCUGACAACAAACCUCAUAACCCCUGUCCUGUCUACCCUACUGCCUGUGUUGCUGCUGACAACAAACCUCAUAACCCCUGUCCUGUCCUGUCUACCCUACUGCCUGUGUUGCUGCUGACAACAAACCUCAUAACCCCUGUCCUGUCUACCCUACUGCCUGUGUUGCUGCUGACAACAAACCUCAUAACCCCUGUCCUGUCUACCCUACUGCCUGUGUUGCUGCUGACAACAAACCCCAUAACCCCUGUCCUGUCCCUACUGCCUGUGUUGCUGCUGACAACAAACCUCAUAACCCCUGUCCUGUCUACCCUACUGCCUGUGUUGCUGCUGACAACAAACCUCAUAACCCCUGUCCUGUCCUGCCUACUGCCUGUGUUGCUGCUGACAACAAACCUCAUAACCCCUGUCCUGUCCUGUCUACCCUACUGCCUGUGUUGCUGCUGACAACAAACCUCAUAACCCCUGUCCUGUCCUGUCUACCCUACUGCCUGUGUUGCUGCUGACAACAAACCUCAUAACCCCUGUCCUGUCUACCCUACUGCCUGUGUUGCUGCUGACAACAAACCUCAUAACCCCUGUCCUGUCUACCCUACUGCCUGUGUUGCUGCUGACAACAAACCCCAUAACCCCUGUCCUGUCCCUACUGCCUGUGUUGCUGCUGACAACAAACCUCAUAACCCCUGUCCUGUCUACCCUACUGCCUGUGUUGCUGCUGACAACAAACCCCAUAACCUCUGUCCUGUCCCUACUGCCUGUGUUGCUGCUGACAACAAACCUCAUAACCCCUGUCCUGUCCUGCCUACUGCCUGUGUUGCUGCUGACAACAAACCUCAUAACCCCUGUCCUGUCUACCCUACUGCCUGUGUUGCUGCUGACAACAAACCUCAUAACCCCUGUCCUGUCCUGUCCUGCCUACUGCCUGUGUUGCUGCUGACAACAAACCUCAUAACCCCUGUCCUGUCCUCCCUACUGCCUGUGUUGCUGCUGACAACAAACCUCAUAACCCCUGGCCUGUCCUCCCUACUGCCUGUGUUGCUGCUGACAACAAACCCCAUAACCCCUGUCUUUUCCUGUCUACCCUACUGCCUGUGUUGCUGCUGACAAUAAACCACAACAUACGGCUAUGAUAGACUGUCCUCUACCUAUGCUCUGUUCUCACUGCAUUGUGGGUAAUAAGAGUUUAUACCCAACGGUUGUCAUACUGUACGUCAUUUGGGUGAUGUGUAAUCUGUAUGGAUGUUCCUCUGUGGAAAUAGUAUCUCUGAUAUGUUAGAAUGUAACAAUGCUGGGGGGAUUUUCCACCAGUAACACGUAAUGGACAGUUGUGGUGUUGAAGCCAUCUGUGACUAUUGUCUGGCUUUUUAUAUGUGAUGGAUCAAAUUGACGACUCCCUAUUUUAUUUAUUUUUAUAACAUGAGACGUCUGUAAUACAUAAAGACUGUAGCUAUCAGUGAUCCUAGGAAGACGCUUAAAUAAGAUGUAUUAAUGUUUGGUCAAAUCUUUCAAAUGAUGAAAAACUGAUUAUAUUAAGAUUUAAAUGAUAUAGAAAUGCAAUGUACGUAUAGUACCACUUUGUAUCAAAGAAAUAGCAAAAAAUUAUGACGAAAUUAUUUUUACAAAAUGUAUUUGAAAAGAUUUGUCACGACCCAAAUCUUAAUUCUUUGUAUUUAUUUUAACCAAUCAAAUGUGACUUCCUGGAUGAGUUUGUUUGUUGUUUAUGAUGACAUGGAUAUGAUACAUGGUUUACUAGAGUAUUGACCAAUGAAAUAAAUGACAACACUUAUUGAGCCGAUCUCAAUCAAACUUCAAUCAAUAAAAAGUUGAUACACUUUUAACCUCGUAGAGCUCAAAUAACAACUGCCUUGACAAUGCAGACAUUGAGACAAACACUAUUAUUGUUCACUUAAGAGUCAAUGGAAAUCAAUGCAAAACUGAGAAAAUGCGAGAGAAUCUUGUCUGAUAUACUGUACACUUUGCAGUGAACUACAAAAUACUUGACUAAAUGUUUUGAGCACAACAGUACAUACACAGUAAGCUUAAUGACAUGACACAAAAAGAGGGAAACAUAAGAGUACACAACAGGAUCACCACUCAAGUGGUUAAUGCCCUAACUUGGUAGAAGAUUAUCCCCAUAUGAAUAUGAUGCAUAAUUACAAUAGGUUGGACGCCUGUGUCCUACUAUGGUAUCAUCACAAAUACAUGAUCAACUUCCGCUAAUAUACUGAGUGUACAAAACAUUCCAUGACAGACUGACCAGGUGAAUCCAGGUGAAAGCUAUGAUCCCUUAUUGAUGUCACUUUGUUAAAUCCACUUCAAUCAGUGUAGAUGAAGGGGAGGAGACCUGGUUAAAGAAUGAUUUUUAAGCCUUGAGACAUGGAUUGUGUGUGUGUGCCAUUCUUAUGGUGAAUGGGUAAGACAAAAUAUGUCAGUGCCUUUGAACAGGGUAUGGUAGUAGGUGCCAGGAGCACCGGUUUGUAUCAAGAACUGCAACGCUGCUGGGUUUUUCACGCUCAACAGUUUCCUGUGUGUAUCAAGA